CACAAUAUAACCUUUCUAAGUGGUUUUCCAGCCGAUUUUACAAUAAAAGGUCUGCUAGAGGUAACACCAUCCGGACUUGUUGAAUAUAUUCACAACUAUACAAAUUGGGAUCUCUUGGGUUCACGAAUGGCUGGAGAAAUGCCCAUUAAGCCCUGGGAUGGUCUGCGAUAUGCUUUCGAAUCAUGCGACGCUAUGCUUGGUGAUUCUGAGAUCAUGGAACUGUCAAACAGAAACUUUGAUUUGGCCAUGUUGGACGGUGCUUUCCCAGAGUGCUUUUUGGGAAUGAUGUACCAUUUCAAGAUCCCGUUCAUGUAUAUAAACACGGUGGGCUUUUACACAGGCAGCAUCUCCACUGCAGGAAACCCCGUCAGCUAUGCUAUAACUCCGAACUUUUAUUCUCGAUUUACGGACACAAUGACUCUUUAUGAACGAAUAAUCAACACGGCCAUGCAAAUCGGACAAACACUGAUGCAUAUGUAUGUAAUGCGUCGCACACAUCGUGUAUUACGAAAGCAUUUAGGUGCCCAUAUACCGCAUCCUUACGAGAUGUCACGCAAUGUGAGCUUCAUUUUGCAGAACGGUCACCCAGUCCUUUCGUAUCCUAGACCCUUUAAUCCCAAUGUGGCAGAAGUGGCUUGCAUUCAUUGUAAGCCAGAAAAACUUCCUAGUAACAUUGAUGACUUUAUAAGUGCUUCUGGAGUUACGGGAUUCAUUUAUGUUUCUAUGGGUUCUUCGGUUAAAGCUGUAAACAUGCCAGCGAGACUGCGUCACAUGCUUGUAAAGACUUUUGCCCGCCUUCCAUAUCACGUAUUGUGGAAGUAUGAAGGCAGUUCUGCAGACAUAAAAGACCUUACUUCUAAUGUAAAACUUUUACGAUGGCUACCACAACAGGACAUUUUGGGGCAUCCCAAGAUAAGGGCGUUUGUAACCCAUGGAGGAUUGUUAAGCAUGUUUGAAACGGUAUAUCAUGGAGUGCCCGUUGUCACAAUGCCGGUAUUCUGCGAUCACGAUGUUAACUCAGCUAAGGCCGUGGUCGAUGGUUAUGCAGAAAAAUUGGAUCUUCAGAAGCUGUCCGCUGAUGAACUGUACAAAACUAUUAUGAAAGUAAUACACGAUCCCAGAUACAGAAAUGCGGCGCGGUAUCGCCAGAAACUCUUACUCGACCACCGAUCAACAGCUUUGGAAACAGCUAUUUACUGGACUGAGUAUGUGAUGCGUCACAAAGGGGCUUAUCAUCUACAGACUCCCUCCCGGAAUAUGACGUGGUGGCAAUACUAUUUAAUCGAUGUAUUUGCGGUUUAUUUACUUUUAUUAUGUGGCUUGAUUUUUCUACUGAAGCACUUUGCUUUCCGUUCUGAAAAUCUACUUUGUCGUCCUUCUCUGACUGCAUUAUAUUUAGUUCCAAAAACGGAAUCAAAAAAGUUGUAGUCAGAUAUGAAAAUAAGUUUUUUGUCAUUAAACUGUUAACACAAUUACGGGCAUAUUUUUCUAUUCUCCCUUAACCGAAAGAUAAAAAAAACAAUAAAAUAACUGCAAAUAUAUUCCACGCUUGUUUCGUGAAAGCAAAA